AUGGGGCAGCCCUCGAAUUCUUCUUUUCAAACAACACAAACCUCUGAAAAGUCCAUCCCAUCCUCGAAUCGGUCGACUCAGCAACCAAACAUAGAUCGAAAGAAGCGCCACUCCAGCAGAUCUUCUCGCUCCAGACGCUCCUCAAGGCACCUCACAGCCGAAAUACAACUACAACAACACCUCGAGAGACUCGCCUACCCAGACGCCAUGGCCCGCUCGGAAGACAGCACCGGAUCCCCUCGCCAGUACGAGUCCAGUCCAGCUCCCUCAUCCGCGCCAAGCGAGCCCUCCAGCAUCGACUCCCAAGCCACCUCGUCCACCUCCACCACCAUUUCUUCCACCGGGGGCGGGCUCCACGACGGCAAUUGCCACUUUGCCUACUCAGCUGAGCUACGGAUGGUGGACACCCUGGUGUCUCUCCUGGCCCAGAACGCACGCGGGCAGUCGUCAUCCUCCUCCUCCUCGGGACAGCCAUGA